CAUGCAAUUUAUAAGACCGGCGUUUCGUAACGCCUCUUUCACCGUUUCCCGCUCCUUAAACCCUAAUCCCUAUAAUCCCUUCUUCCUCCUUACUCUCCGUUCGCUGCCCAUCACCACCGCCUCACCCUCACCGUCGUACUUGACCUCUCAUUUCGCCCUUGAAACAUUCCCAUCCCUGUCACCUCCUCGCUGCUUCUCUUCUUCAAUGGCGGGUGGUGGCGACCACUCAGAGUCUCCUUCGUCCCAUUCUCUUGAGAAGCAAUUCGAGGACUUUCGGCUUCAGCUAGAGGAGUCUGGGAGUUUGCGCGAGCGAAUUAGAGCGGUUGUUUCGGAGAUUGAGUCCAACACCAGACUUAUGCACGCUAGCCUCCUUCUGGUCCAUCAGUCUCGUCCGACCCCCGAGCUUCUGGAGAAAGCAAAGUCCUAUGUUCAUGUGUUGAAGGACCAUUACAAGCAACUUGCUGAAGUUCUUGGAGAAUGCUCUGGCCAGUACUACAGGUACCAUGGUGAUUGGAGGAGCGAGACGCAGACUGUAGUUUCACUGAUUACUUUUAUGCAUUGGUUAGAAACAGGAAACCUUCUUAUGCAUGCAGAAGCUGAGGAAAAACUAGGGUUGAACAGCUCUGAGUUUGGUCUCGAUAUUGAAGACUAUCUUAUAGGUGUCUGUUUUAUGUCCAAUGAAUUGCCAAGGUAUGUGGUGAAUCAAGUGACAGCUGGGGACUAUGAUUGCCCUAGGAAAGUCCUAAAGUUCUUGACUGAGCUUCAUGCUGCAUUUCGCAUGCUUAACCUUCGGAAUGAUUUUCUGAGGAAGAAAUUUGAUGGCAUGAAGUAUGAUCUGAGAAGAGUGGAAGAGGUUUACUAUGAUGUCAAAAUUCGGGGUUUGGCACCCAAUGGUGAGCAAGUCGAUGGUCAAGGUGUUCAAGGACCACCUUAGGUUGUGAAGGCUGACUUGGGGGGGUACUCUUGAGAUAUAGUCCGCAACUAUGCAUCGUAAAAAACGCAUAUACUUUUGUUCCUAAUAGUCGGUGGAAGAAAGGAAAGGUAAUCUCUUUCAAUUCUCCACUGAGUCGACAUGAUGUAGAUGCGGAAUACAUUGGGUGUGUGCCUGUGUAAUUUUUUUGUUAAAAAAAAAUUCCUGGUUACAUCA